UUCUACGCUUCUAUAUAGUUAGCUAGUAUUCCUACACAAAUUCUUAUAGCUAAAAGACUUGUACAAGCUAAUUCUACAACAUGGGAGAACAGUUCCUAGGCGGAGUUUGCGGCGACACGUGGUGGAAUCCACCACAUAACUUGUUCUCCGGCAGCUUAUCAUCGCCAUGCUCGGUGGCCCAACUUGGCGGCGGUGGUGGUGAUGGGUUUGAUAUGGAUAGCUUUGGAUGGCAAAAUAAUGUUACAAAAAGCAAGCUAAUGAACAAUAAUACAAUUUUUGAUAACUUAAUUUUUCAAGAUCAAAUGGAUUCUUCUCUUGAUAUUUUAAGCUUUUGCUUUUCACCCACUUCCUCAAAUAUUGAUUGGAAUCAUCAAAAUCUGAUAUGCAAUAGUGAGAAGAAUGAAGAAAACUAUGGUUCAAUCUUACAACAAAAUAUGAAUAAUAACAAUCAUGAAGAUGGAUCACCUUCCAUGGCAAUGACAUCAUCAAGCAACAGUUCGGGUGAUUCAAGUACAAUAAACUAUGAAGGCACCAUAACAACAAGUUUUCCAAUAAAUUCUUCCGCUUCAUACUUGAUUCAAUCAUUAUUUGAUGAUUUUGAUGAUCAAUCACAAGUACUUCAAUCACAAUCUAUUCCUCAUCAUGAUCAUCAACAAUUUAUCAACCCAUCAAAUUUUAGUUCUUUGGAUUCAACUAAUUCUUGGGUUAAAACUAAUCUUGAUCAUCAUCAUCAAAAUCCUACUCAAUCACCUGAUAUUUCUCAAUUACAAAAUAAUGAGAUUGAUGAAAAGAUAAAUUCAUUGAUGAAUAAUUGUCAUGAACAAAUUUUGGGUGGUCAUUUUUCUCCUACAACACUUGAUAAUAUUCGAGCUAGCUUGAUGAAUUCUUUGCAAUCUAGAUCUCGUGGACCCACCUCUUCCAACCAAAAAUCAAAACAAUCUUGUGGUAGCUUUGGUUCUAAGGUGAAAAGUGAUUCAAAGAAUAAUUGUAGUAGCAAGGAUCAACCACAAGCAAAGAGGCCUCGAAUUGAAACACCUUCUCCUUUACCAACAUUUAAGGUUCGAAAGGAGAAACUAGGGGAUCGAAUAACUGCGCUUCAACAACUCGUUUCUCCUUUUGGAAAGACUGAUACUGCGUCCGUUCUACACGAAGCUAUUGAUUACAUCAAGUUUCUUCAUGAUCAAGUUAAUGUAUUAAUAAGUACUUCAUAUUUGAAAAGUGGAACUGCAAUACAACAACAGGGAUGUGAUGAUUUGAAGAAUAAUCAAGAGGGUAAAGAAGAUUUAAGAAGUAGAGGGCUAUGUGUUGUACCUAUAUCAAGCACAUAUCCAAUGGCACAAGAGACCCCAGUUGAUUUUUGGACACCUACAUUUGGAGGUACAACAUUCAGGUAGCCUUAAUAUUUAUGGCAUUGGGAUUUACUUUACACCCUUUUCAUCAAAUAUUAGUAUAUUAUAUUAAUAGAGUAAGGAAAAAAAAUAUUUUCAACUCACAAAAAAAAAAGGAAAAGAAAGUGUAUGUAGGGCCAUAUAAUGAUGUGUGUAGGGCAUAUAAUCCAAAUAGUUAGGGACAAAGUAUAUUUUUUUUUUCUUUUAAUUUUCUUUUUGUUAUUAAGUUUUAUCAUUUAAGUACUUUGAAUGUAAUAAUAGAAGGGUUAGGAGCAGGAACAAAUGCUGAAUUUAGCUGGAAAUUUUAACUACUUUAGAUUA